AUGCGAAUCAUUGCAGAGAUUGGUGAUGCACGUGGCGGAAUUCAAGUGGCUCUCAUUCGAGAGAUUCAAAAUAUGAUCGAUUCAAUCGACGCGAAACUUCAGCGAGGUGAAACACAUCUGGAUAUCGAACAAACUGUAUUCUAUGUGGUUGGAAACGUGUUAACAUCGUUCUUAUUCGGUCGAACGUAUCCGCAUGGAUCGUUAGAAUUCAAGUACGUUUCUGCAUUCAGCUGGCAGCUUUUCGACUUGCUCACAGCACAAAUCCAUCAUGAAAUCCAAGCCGCAGAAGUGCAUCAAAUGAUGAGGGAUGAGCUUGAACAACGGCUGCAAUCACAAGGUUCAAUCGCUUAUCGAAGUGUUAAAUUCCAUUAUAAGGAUGAAUCAAAGAGCGAUUUGACGAGUGUGUUACUGCGGAAGUUAGAUGAGGUUCGAUCGGACAGAUCGGCCACUGUUAUCGAGCAACGUAAUUUCAAUGAAGAUAGGAUUGCAAUGCUCAUGACUGAGAUGUUCUUUGCUGCCAUUCAAACUGAAUGCAACACAUUUGGAUGGGCAUUCCUCUACUUCAUCGAGCAUCCUCAGGUCCAACAAAAGUGUCGUCAACAAAUUCUUGCCAAGUUCGGCACUGAAAGUCGAGUACGUUGGUCGGAUCGAGUCCAUCUUCCAUAUGUAGAAGCAACGGUUUUUGAGGUGCAGCGAUGCGCGAAUAUUGCACCGUUUAGUGUUUUUCACAGGAAUUAUCACGCCACCACUCUUGAUGGCUAUUAUGUACCGGCUAAUUCAACUAUUCUGAUGAAUCUGUACUCAACAUUGAUGGAUCCCAAUUGCUUCCGAGGCGAGCUUCACUUUUCUCUUGAUUUCUUCCACUUCUUUCUAAAAACCUUCCUUUCGCAUCAUACGAAGAUGCUUCUGCGCUAA